AUGUCUGCAAGGAUUCUCGCUGCACCAGAUUCAAGCUUGAAUGUGAGAUAUACCCGAAGAGUUCAAGACAACAGAGGAGCGGGAGAGGAGAAUCAGCUGGAGAUCUCAGAGGAUGAAAAGCAUCACGCUGAUCCUGGGUCACAAAAAGCAAGACCUCAGACUCCAAAGAAUCGUGUCAGAAGAAGGUGUUUUACUGCAGCGACUCUGGGAGUGAUGUAUCUUCUGAUAUUGGCUGGAGUCUUCAUACGCUAUAUUUCAGUCACUUUGGAAAAAGACCAGCUGCAGACCAGAUACGACAAACUGUACAACAACUACAGCGAGCUGCAGGGACAAAUUUCAGCAGCCAACAUCAGUCAGUUACAGAGCAGUUACGAGACACUGAGGAAAAAUCACAGCCAGUUACAGGAUGAAGUAAAGCAGCUGAAUGACAAACUUGAUGAGAAGUGGUGUCCUGAAGGAUGGAAGAGAUUUGGAUGCAGCUGUUACUUUAAAUCCAAUGAGGAGAAAACUUGGUCUGACAGCAGAAGUGACUGUCAAAGUAGAGGAGCACAUCUGGUGAUCAUAAACAACAAAGAGGAACAGAAAUGUGUCAUUGAGUUGAACAAGGGUGGAGACUCCUGGAUUGGUCUUAGGGCCAUAGAAAGAUUUAUACAAACAGGACGGGAAUGGAAACGGAAAUGGGAAUGGAAAUGGGUGGACAGCUCGCCGCUGACAAAAAUGUUCGGGGCAGCCGGAUUUUCACACCAGCCCUGGGACCAGUAC